AUGGCAGUUCAAAAGGCUAUUAUUAUUCAAGAGCCUGGGAAGGCAAUCGUUGUAACUGAUGCACCAGUGCCUGUUCUACGCGACGAUUAUGUUCUCAUCAAGAACAUAGCUGUGGCAAUUAAUCCUACUGAUUGGGGGCAUGUGGAACAUCUGGCUGAUCCUGGUUCGCUCGUCGGCUGCGACUACGCUGGUAUUGUGGAGGAAGUUGGCAAAGCAGUCACAAGACCAUUUAAGAAAGGAGAUCGCAUUGCUGGAUUUGCUCACGGUGCCAACACUGUGCAGCACCAGGAUGGUUCUUUUGCGGAGUAUAUCGUGGCCAAAGGUGACGUUCAGAUGGCUAUACCUGAGAACGUGAGUCUUGAAGAAGCCGCUACUUUCGGUGUUGGCAUCUGCACCGUCGGUCAAGGUCUAUAUCAGUCACUCCAACUCGCAAUGCCUCAUACGCCUCUGUCAGAGCCUGUUCCAAUUUUAAUUUACGGUGGGUCGACCGCCACAGGAACGCUGGCUAUACAAUUUGCCAAGUUGUCCGGUUACACUGUUAUUACGACCUGCUCGCCGCGGAAUUUCGACCUCGUCAAGGCGCGUGGUGCUGACACUGUGUUUAACUACGCCGAGCCUGGUGCGGCAUUAAAGAUCCGUGAAUUAACUCACGAUAAGCUUACACUAGUCUUCGAUACUAUUUCCACUAAUUCAAGUGCGGAAUUCUGCGGUGAAGCACUUUCCAGUGCCGGAGGAAGAUAUGCAGCUCUUUCGCCGGUCCAGUGCCCUCGUUCAGACGUGCAGUCUACAGUGACCAUGGCGUAUACAAUCAUCGGCGAAGACUUCAACUUUGGUCCCAAUCCUAUACCAGCGAGCGCUGAAAAUCUGGAGUUUGGGAAAAUAUGGUUGCCAUUGGUGGAAAAGUUGAUUGCAGAAGGGAAAGUCAAGGCCCACCCGCUCAAAGUCGGAAAAGAUGGGUUGGAAGGAGUCUUGGAGGGUAUGCAAUUCAUGAAAGAGGGCAAAGUUAGCGGCGAAAAGCUGGUCUAUUGGGUUGGAGAAACUCCGUGA